CCCGGAUUCAGUCACCCCCGCGAGAACGACGAUGCGCUCCUCAACGCGUCUGCUCGCAUACACCCUGCUCUCUCUGUGCCUCAGGCUCGCGCCGGCCGUUGCGGACGUCACGACGGGCGUCCCCGACGCCGCGCCAGCCGGGUUCGAGGAGUGGGAGUCGCCCAUCACGCUGCCCGCCCCGCCGGUCAAGGGCACCGCCGACUGGGGCGACUCCGUCGCGCGCGCCCGCGCAUUCGUCAAGGGCCUAACACUACAAGAGAAGAUCAACGUCACGACGGGGAUCGACGUCCAGGGCAGGUGUGUGGGGAACACUGGAACUAUACCCCGACUGGGGUGGAAAGGCCUGUGUCUCGAGGACUCGCCGCUGGGUGUGCGGUUCGCCGAUCUCGUAUCGGCGUUUCCGGCUGGAAUCACUGUCGCCUCGACGUGGGAUGUUGAUCUGAUCAAAGCACGUGGAAAAGCGAUGGCUCAGGAGCACAAGGGGAAGGGCGUGAAUGUCGCCCUCGGACCGAUGACUAACCUAGGCCGUGUCGCUGCGGGUGGCCGAAACUGGGAAGGAUUCGGUGCCGAUCCCUUCUUCUCCGGUGUGGCAUCGGCGGCCUCCAUCGAGGGAAUCCAGGGCGUCGGGGUCAUGGCUACCGUGAAACACUACAUCGGCAACGAGCAGGAGCACUUUCGUGGUGGCUCUUCAGCGCCUCAGAUCUACAGCUCGAACAUCGAUGACAAGACGAUGCACGAAGUCUACGCCUGGCCGUUUGCGGAGGCUGUCAAAUCCGGCGUUGUUGCUGUGAUGUGCUCGUACAACUAUGUGAACCAGACACAGACAUGCCAGAACUCCAAGCUGCUCAACGGCAUCAUGAAGGAGGAAUUGGGUUUCCAAGGUUUCAUCAUGUCGGAUUGGGCCGCUCUGAUCAACGGUGUUCAGCCUGCACUUGCUGGGUUGGACAUGAAUAUGCCUGGUUUCGUCAAAUACGGAAACGACAACCAGCCCAACCCGGUCACGGCGACCAACUCCUACUGGGGAGCUGCGCUGAUUCAGAGUGUCAACAACGGCAGCGUGCCCGAAGCUCGUGUCGACGACAUGGUGACCCGAAUCAUUGCUGCGUGGUAUAAGCUGGGCCAAGAUCAGGGCUAUCCCGACGUCAGCUUCUCGCAGCUCACGGAGGAGACCUACCUCAACGGGGAGCUAGUCAAUGAGCAUAUCAAUGUGCAGGGAAACCAUUACAAGCUCAUCCGCCAGAUCGCCGCCGCAGGAACCAUCCUACUCAAGAACAACAAAGGCGCUUUGCCAUUGAACGUGCACAACAUCAAGCGCCUCGGCAUCUUCGGAUCUGACGCAGGUCCGAACCCCGAUGGCCCGAAUGGAUGCAGCGACCGUGGAUGUGACCAGGGCACGCUGGCCAUGGGCUGGGGCUCGGGAACGGCCAACUUCCCUUACCUGAUCGACCCGCUCGCAGCGAUCACGACGCACAUCCAAUCCAUCGACUCGACGAUCGUCAUCGAAGGCGUCCUCGACGACUUCAAUACCGCACAGCAAACGCUCGUAGCGUCGCUCGCCGAUACGUGCAUCGUCUUCGCCAACUCGGACUCGGGCGAAGGGUACAUCACCGUCGACGGGAACGCCGGGGACCGCAACAACCUCACGCUCUGGCACGGCGGCGACGCGACCAUCACCGCCGUCGCGGACAACUGCGCGAACACGAUCGUUGUCAUGCACGUCGUCGGCCCCGUCCUGGUCGAGGCGUGGAUCGACCACCCGAACGUCACGGCCGUGCUGAACGCCGGGCUGCCGGGCCAGGAGAGCGGCAACGCCAUUGUUGAUGUGUUGUUUGGCGCGGUGAACCCCAGCGGUCGGCUCACCUACACCGUGGCCAAGCAGAGAUCGGAUUACCCCGCCGACGUAUUGUACAGCAGCGGCGACCCCGUGCCACAGAUCACCUACUCGGAGGGCUUGGGCAUCGACUACAGAUGGUUCGACUCGAAGAACAUCCAGCCGCGGUGGGAGUUUGGGUACGGUCUCAGCUACACGACGUUCCAGUACAGCGGUCUCGGCAUCUCGCACCACGGAAACAGCCGCAGAGCGACCUUCUCCUCCAGCGCCGCCGUUCUCUCCAGUGCUACUCACUCUAGCGCUGCGCCGGCCAGCACCCACAGUGCAUCGGUCAGCGCGAGCAAGACUGUCGCUAGCCUCUCGAGCGCUUCCCUUGCCUCAGCGAAGCCAUCCUCCGCUUCGGCCAUCUCUACGAUUGCCUCCGCGCCAUCCUCGAAAUCCGCCUCUGCCUCAGGUUCCAAGUCGGGUUCAGCCUCAGCAUCGGCCUCGGCCUCGGGAUCCAAGUCAGCCUCGCCGACCAGCACAGCCUCCGGCGCCCUGUCCUCGCCCGUCGCCCCGAUCGGCGGGCCCGCGCAUCUGUACGACACGUUCCUGACCGUGUCGUUCAGCGUCAAGAACGCGGGAUCGGCCGCCGGCACCGAGGUGGCGCAGCUGUACCUCACGUUCCCGGCCGGCACGAGUGUGCAGAUCCCGCUGCGGGUGAAGGAUGUGAGCGUGUGGGACGUGCCGAGCCAGACCUGGGUCGUGCCCUCGGGUACGUUCGGAGUGAGCGUGGGAGCGAGCUCGAGGAACUUGAAGCUCACGGGCCAGUUCACCGUCUGA